ACUGAGCCAGAGGUGAAGGGAAGAGGCAAUCAGUAAUAUAUGCUGGUAUUGGGAGAGGCUCAUCACAAAACCUCACCAGAUUCAUGGAUCUGUGCUGUCAUUGCCAUUGACAUCGAGAAAAGUAACAAAGAUAGCUCUUGUCACAUUGAGAGAAGUGAGAGGUGAAUCUUGGAAAGCAGGAAUUACUGUCAUGGGGGCAAAAGCACAAGGCUGGAGAAAGUGUGAGACCAUCUCAUUCUAGCAUUGUAUUGCUGGUGUAACAUUGGACAACAUCAGAACUGGAUUUGCAUUAUAUCUUGUCUGGACGUGAGGUGGUUUGCAGCUCUGGCUGAAUAAACUUAAUUUUUGAAGUGAACCCCCCCCCCACCCCCCCAUUAUGAAGAGGCAGCUAGUCGGUGUGAUGUGCUCCCGUACUGCUUGCUUCCAAAUUGCAAGAAGCACCAAUCUCCGAGUGCAACUUUACUGCUCGCAGCCCACACAGAAAACAGUUACCAAGAGUCUGAGUGAGAGUAAGGAUGCUGCACAAUUGAAGUGGGUGGAACUAAGCAAGGAUUUAAGCAAGAAGACUGUAGAGCAUAUUCGAACUACAACCAAUUCCUUGUGGGAGAAAUAUGAGGAGUUUGUUGGACUGAAAGAGGUGCAAGUGGCACAGCUGAAAGUCACUGAGGCAGAGAAAGCAUUCAUGGUGGCUCGAGGUGUUGUUCGACAAAGCCAGGAAACCCUUGUAAGUCAGCAGGUGAAAUUGAAGGAGGUUCGAGACAGAUUAGACAGAGUCUCACGGGAGGACAGUCACUAUCUAGAACUGGCCACACAGGAACAUAAACUGUUGCAGGAGGAAAGACGACACCGAACAGCAUACGAAAAUGCAGAGGAGCUGGAGCGUGAGACUUUUGCUCUCUUUUCGGCAGCAGUGAGAGAGAGCCAUGAGAAAGAAAGGACCAGAGCAGAAAGAACAAAAAACUGGUCUGUGAUGGGAUCUGUAUUAGGAGCUAUGAUCGGGGUCCUGGGGUCAACCUACAUCAACAGAGUUCGACUGCAGGAGCUAAAGACAUUACUUCUUGAGGCACAGAAAGGGCCAAUUAACUUGCAGGAAGCCCUUAAAGAGCAGGCCUCCAUACACCAAAUGCAAAACAAGGAACUCAAUACACUUGUAACAAACCUGAAGGAACUGGUGCAUGUGGACCCUGUUGUGCAACAAGCAGGUAAGGAGGUCACUGCUAAACCUAAAAAAGCAGAAUCUGGUUUCAAACCAGAUCCUGUCCUGGAUGCUUUGAAGGAACAAGCGAACUCCUCAAAACAGACUGGUGCAGCAUUAGAAGGGCUGGAACAAAAGUUAAGUGGUCUGGAACAAGUACUUGGGAAAGUGGCUUCUGACAUUAAGACAGUAAAACAUGUCACACAGGUUAGACCAUCACAAACAGUUUCUUCAGGAUUGAAGCAGGAUUGGCAGAUUCUUGCAACAGAGAAUAUGAUCGAUGGAUUAGCAGAGACUGAGAAAAGACUGGAAUCUCAUAUCAGGGCAAAUUCUGUUUAUAACACAGUGCUGACAUAUGCUGCAUUCGCCCUCACACUGCCUGUGUUGUAUGUGCUUUUCAAAGGAAAUUGAAAGAAGCUACACUACAUGUAGAUUUUGUGCUGUUUGCAGUAUUUUCCAGUAAUUGGGCCAAUUAGUCUUGGCAAUUGAAGUGUAUUUCUUCACAAGUCUGUGAGAUGUUGUAUUGAUCUUGUUCUUCUCACUCACAAAGGAAAGAACCUGCAUUUAAAUAGCAUCUCAUGCCCUUAGGACACCCUAAAGUGCUUCACCUCUAAGGAUUACCUUAGAAAUUCAAUCACUGAUGUUUUGCAGAUCAUUCAAUGUUGUUAACAAUCUAAGCACUGGAAUAAGAAGCUCCAAACCCAAGGAUAAAAUGAUGAGAGCUUGUAGAAUGUAUUAAUCCUCAUUCCUAAACCUUGCUCAAACUCACCAGGAUCACCACAAUACAAAUCCCCUUAAAGGUCCUUCAGCACAAUUGACGUCCAUGAAUCAAUGCUUUCAUUCAGCAUUCGUGUAAGUUCUCAGGUGCUGCUGUAUCUGGGCAUCAUUUCCAAUUUAAUGAAAUUAGCAGUAAUUUCCUUUAGAAUGUUCCAUCCUUCUAUCAAAUUUAUCUUGUGUUGAGGGAGAUUCAUCUCACGCUUUUAUAAAAGCAUCAUAGCUUGAUUCUCUUGUCUAAUUCUGUGGCACAGAAAGCAUUAAAUGGCCUGAUAAUGUAACACCACCUGGUACAAGGGAGCAAAGGACAAUUUAAUCACUGUCUCAUUCCUGUUCCGAAUUCAACCAUAUCAAAAUCUUGUAUUGGUAAUUUGCUAGGGAGUUGUGAAUUUUAAAACCAUUUUUGCCUUGUGCCUUGCACCUAAAUGAUGAAAGAUAAGAACAUAAGAAAUAGGAGCAGGAAUAGACCAUGCAGCUCCUUGAGCCUUUUCCUCCAUUCAAUAUGAUCAUAGUUGACCUUCUGGCUCAGGUUCACUUUUCUGCCAUUUCCCCAUAUCCUUCUCUCCCUGAGAGACCAAAAACCCUGUCUAUCUUGGGCAUAAAUAAAUAUGCUCGACAGUGGAGCAUUCACAAUCUUCUGACCUUCUGGGGUAGAGAAUUCUAAAGAUCCACAACUUUUUGAGUGAAGAAGUUUCGCCUCAUCUCAAUUCUGUGUUAGACCCCUGCUGCCCCCAGCACCCCAAAAAUGCACACAGUAUUCCGGUAUGGUAUUGUCUUGCCAAAGUGCUGUACGGUUAUAGCAAGCCUUCAUUAUUCCUGUACUCCAAACCCCUUGGAAUAAAAGCCAACAUGCCAUUUUCCUGCCAAGUGCUUGUUGAACCUGCAUGCUAACUUUGUUCCUUGUACGAGCACAUCCGAGUUUCUCUGAACAUCAACAUUUAGAAGUUUGACGCCUUUCAAAAAUAUUCUGCUGUUCUUGCUGCAAAAGUCCUUUUUCUCUGCUGAUAUUAAUUACCUUAAGUUGCACAUUUUUAUUAGCCCCUUGGUUGCACUAUAUUUCUGAUAUCUCCUGGAUCCUCUUGUGCCAAUCUGUGCAUGGGGGAAUGUGUGUGAAUUAUCCAAAUUGACUAUCAUCUGAUUUUUUUUCUUUUAAACUCCUUUGAAUAGGCCUCUAGCCAAGAUCUCUACCUAUUUAAUUUUUGCUUAAAUGGCAUCCUGAUUUGUUUUAGCAGAUAGCAUGUGUGUGCAGUGUGCUGCUGAACUAGCCUGCACUGCUGUCAUGGGAUGGUGCACUAUAUCCUUCAUUGAGAUGGAAACAUGUGUGUGCAGUAUGCUGCUGAACUAGUCUGCACUGCUGUCAUGGGAUGGUGCACCAUAUCCUUCAUUGAGAUGGAACAAUGCCAGAACAAUGUGCCAGGCCACAGUUUGUUGUAUUCUUAAAUUUUGCUAGUUAUACCAUAAAUUGAUUCAGUAUCAGUGAAAUGCCAGACUAUCAAUGUAAAAAAAAAAAACAAGAUGCUUCAGUAACAGAAUGUAGUUCCCUUGCAAAAAACAUGGGUUGUCUUAGUGCUUUCAUUCACAAAAAAUGCUGCUUUCUUUCUCUUCAAAAAAGAAUCCUUGUUAUUUUCAUCCCACUCUUUUAGUAAACAUGCCCAUUAGGACAGACAGAUGACCUGCUUUCAGCAUGUGUCCAUGUUGUCUGCUUGUAACCAGUCAUAAGAUCUUCACCCCUUUGUGGAAGUGCCUGAGCUGUGUUUGGUGUGUUGGUCGUCAGCACUGAGCUUUGAACCUCCAACGUAAUAUACUGUCCACUUCUACCCAAUUGGAAUCAUUUUGGUGUUGAUCGCAGCAGCAUGAGCUAUUGAACAUGCAGAAAUUCUAUGCUGACUUUCCUGACAUCUCCAAUAUUAAACAGAUGCUGCCUAUC